ACAAUCCCGUUCUUUUCUCUCUCGUCCAUCCGCCCAAGAUGCCAAAAGGAAAGAAGGCUAAGGGGAAGAAGGUGGCCCCGGCCCCUGCUGUCGUCAAGAAGCAGGAGGCCAAGAAGGUGGUAAAUCCUCUGUUUGAGAAAAGGCCCAAGAAUUUCGGCAUCGGACAGGACAUCCAACCCAAAAGGGACCUCACCCGCUUUGUCAAAUGGCCCCGCUACAUUCGGCUGCAGCGGCAGCGGGCUAUCCUCUACAAGCGGCUGAAAGUGCCCCCUGCCAUUAACCAGUUCACCCAGGCCUUGGACCGCCAGACAGCUACUCAGCUGCUGAAGCUGGCCCACAAGUACAGACCAGAAACGAAGCAGGAGAAGAAGCAGAGGCUUUUGGCCCGGGCUGAGAAGAAGGCUGCUGGCAAAGGGGAUGUCCCCACCAAAAGACCCCCUGUCCUUCGAGCCGGGGUCAAUACUGUCACCACCUUGGUGGAGAACAAGAAGGCCCAGCUGGUGGUGAUCGCACAUGACGUGGACCCCAUCGAGCUGGUCGUCUUCCUACCGGCCUUGUGUCGUAAGAUGGGGGUUCCUUACUGCAUCAUCAAGGGGAAGGCCAGACUGGGACGUCUCGUCCACAGGAAGACCUGCACCACUGUAGCCUUCACACAGGUGAACUCGGAAGACAAAGGAGCUCUGGCUAAGCUGGUGGAAGCAAUCCGGACCAACUACAACGACAGAUACGAUGAGAUCCGCCGUCACUGGGGAGGCAAUGUCCUGGGUCCCAAGUCUGUGGCUCGCAUUGCCAAGCUGGAAAAGGCAAAGGCCAAAGAACUCGCCACCAAACUGGGCUAAAUGUACACAACUGAUUUUUCUGUACAUAAAAAUAAAACUUACCCUUCAGCCAGUGUCCAUUUGGCAUUGUGGGUUGAAGGUAUGCA